UCAACAAAGAAUAUACUUCAGUAGCGAACAAACACGCAUUAUUUCAACAUUGUAUAUUACAGAAAUGUUGCAUGUUACAUUGUUAUAUAGUUUCACAUUACUAAAUUAAGAUAUUACUUACAUAUAAAUUGUAGAAUCAAUCCCAAAAUGUUUGCCAACAAGUAUUACGAAAGCGAUAUAAAGUACACCUUCGAGAUAAAUCGUUUCUUCUUCCGUAUACUAGGUAUGUGGCCAUUUCCGCGUACGAAUUCCUUUAUUCCCGAGAUAAUGGAGACAGUUCUGUUGAACAUCGCAUGUUUUACUCUCCUUCUUUCUGAAAUAAUACCGACCAUAAUCUACAUAUUCAUAGUCUUGAAAGACAUUCACUUGAGACUUAAAGUUAUGGGCAUUAUGCUAUUCACAAUCGCGACGACUAUCAAAUACGGCUACGUGUUGCUUUAUAAAAAAGAAAUUAAAAAUUGUUUGAAGCUAAUUGAUGAAGACUGGCGAAAUGUCGUCAACUCGAGUGCUCGCAUUUUAAUGAUCGAUAGAGCAAGAAUUGGUAGACGUUUAAUUAUAAUGUGCGCCAUAUUUGUGUAUUUAAAUGGUGUAGCUAUGCGAGUUAUCGUGCCGCUAUCAAGUGGAAAGAUCAUCACCCCUCAGAACAUCACAAUUAGACCUCUCCCAUCUGUGGCGCAUUUUAUUAUCUUUGAUGUGCAGCGCACUCCCGCUUACGAAAUGGUAUUUUUUCUACAAUCUUGUACGGGAAUUGUAAGAUACACAGUUACGGUUGCAACUUUUGGCUUCAUAACUCUCUCUGUGAUGCAUUUUUGCUCGCAGUUGGAUAUAUUAGUGACAUUAAUUAGUAACUUUGUAAAUGAGCACAAGAAGGAAUAUUUAAACAAGAGAUUAGCUGUUAUUGUGGAACAUCAAAUCAAGACACGCAAUUUUUUACGUUUGGUACAGAAUGCUACUCAAUAUCCAAGUUUAGUAGAAAUUAUGGGAUCUAGCGUACUGAUGUGUUUCGUAGGAUAUUACAUUAUCUUGGACUGGGAAAACCAUAAUGCUAUACGUAUAUGUUCAUAUAUCUUUGCCAUAGUGAUGUUUUUGUUCAACGUAUUUAUCUAUUGCUAUAUGGGCGAACAAGUCGUCGAACAGGAAAAGAAAAUAGCAUUAACAGUGUGCACAUUAGAAUGGUAUCGUCUUCCGAAUGAAAAAGCAAAAGCAUUGAUUUUAAUCAUGGGUAUCUCAGACACUUCGCUAAAUUUAAAAGCAGGGAAAUUUAUCGAUCUUUCUUUCAAAACGUUCGGCAAUGUCGUUAAAAUGACAGUGACAUAUUUAAAUCUUAUUCGAUCAAUCGAAUGAAUCUUAAGAAUUAGU